UUAUGAGCCAAGUCUAGUUGAUUUUACAGUCUUCACCGACGUAGGAAAAGCUCCAGACAGCACCAAAUAUCCUCACGCAGCACGUUGGUACGCUCACAUAUCAUCCUACGCUGGUUCACUCCCCAAAGGCGAAAUCCCUAGCGAUAUCCCCAAAGAAGACGCCGAAGCCGAAAGAUUGAAAGCACAGAGAUUGGCCGAGUAUCAAGCAAAAAAAGCCGCAAAACCCAAAGUUAUUGCCAAGAGUAUGGUUACAUUGGACGUGAAGCCGUGGGACGAUACAACGAAUAUGGAAGAGAUGGAGAAAUUAGUCAAAGGGAUUACAAUGGAGGGUUUGGUUUGGGGAGCAUCGCAACUAGUGGCUGUAGGAUAUGGUAUAAAGAAAUUGCAGAUUAACUGUGUUGUAGAAGAUGACAAAGUUGGCGUUGAUGAUCUGGAGGAGAAAAUUACUGCGUUUGAAGACCACGUGCAGAGUGUUGAUGUAGCUGCAUUCCAAAAGUUGUAA